AGAACUACGUGUUACUUCUCAUCCACAGCGAGCACCGACCCGACUGGGUUGUCUCUGUAGCCUUGUGGGGUAAACAAAAAAGUUUAUCCGACAUGUCCUGUUUCCAUAAACACCCGAAAAGAACCAAAUCCGAGGAACUGGCAUUUCAAGAACAGCAGAAAAAAGUUGCGCAGGAGAAUGGAAAACGCGUAGGUUUGGAGGGAGAUUUAGAUCUCCAGUUCCUGUUGGUGGGAGGGCCACUGGUCAAGAUUUGUUCAAACUCUUGGAAAAAGAAUCGAUACUACAAACUGCAGGAAGACUGCCAGACCUUUUGGCAUGAAUCCAAGAAAAAAUUCAAGAAAACCCAGACCUUCUCCAUUUUGGACAUUGAAUCAGUUCGCAAGGGCCGUCAGUCUGAGGGGCUUAAAAAAUACACCGAUGACAGCGUCGAGGACCGGUGUUUCUCCAUCUUCUUCAAGGGGCGCAAGAAAAAUCUCGACCUGAUGGCAAAAUCUGAGGAAGAACUAAAUAAGUGGGUGACCGGCCUGGAGAAGAUCAUCAACAACAUGCACAACCUCAGUGACCAGAAGAAGCGAGAACACUGGAUAAUCAGCUGCCUACGUAAGGCUGACAAGAACGGUGACAACAAGAUGACCCUCAAGGAGCUGAAGCACUUCAUGCGGCAGAUCAAUGUUGAUGUUAGUGACACUUACGCAGCGGAGAUUUUUAAGAAAUGUGACAUAUCCCAUUCAGGCACCCUGGAAGGCUCGGAGAUCACUGAAUUCUAUCAUUUGCUGACAUACCGCGAGGAGAUUGAUGUCAUCUAUGCGAAAUAUGCUCAAACAGAGGGUCAGAUGAGCGCCAGAGACCUGCUGAACUUCCUGCUGAAUGAGCAGCGGGAGCAGGUGACCGAAGAGGACGCCCACAGGCUUAUUGAGAAAUAUGAAGUGGAUCAAACAGCCAAGCAGAAGAAGCACAUGACAAAAGAUGGCUUCCUGAUGUACCUGCAGCAGGAGGAUGGAUGCAUCCUCAAUCCAACCCACAAAUUUGAGUAUCAGGACAUGGACCAGCCCCUCAGCCAUUACUACAUCUCCUCCUCACACAACACAUACCUGAUGGAAGACCAGCUCAAAGGGCCCAGCAGCACAGAAGCUUACAUAAAAGCGCUGAUGAAGAGUUGCCGCUGUGUGGAGCUGGACUGUUGGGAUGGGGUUAACGGAGAGCCUGUUAUUUAUCAUGGCCACACACUCACUUCCAAAGUGCUCUUCAAAGACGUUAUCAAAGUCAUCAAGGAAUACGCCUUCAAAACUUCAGAAUACCCAGUCAUUCUGUCCCUGGAGAACCAUUGCUCAGUGGACCAGCAGAAGCUCAUGGCCCAUUAUUUGAUCUCCAUCCUGGGUGAUGCUUUGGUCAAAAAGCCUCUGGGCGACACCAUGCCAACCAACUUCCCAUCACCUAAGGCACUGAAGGGAAAGAUCCUCAUCAAGGGAAAACGACUGAACAAACUGGAUGCAGUCUUCACCAGUAACAAAGUUGUAGAGGACGAGACCGUGUCUGAGGAGGACGAGGCUGCAGAGUGCAAGGAGAAUUCCGAAAAACCGAAACCAAAGAAAACAAAGAUCAAACUUGCCAGAGAGCUGUCAGACAUGGUCAUCUACUGUAAGAGUGUCCAUUUUAAUGGCUUUGAACAUGCCAGAGACAACCAGGCCUUCUAUGAAAUGUCAUCCUUCAAGGAGAGUAAAGCAUUCCACCUCGCUGAGACCUCAGCUACUGCCUUCAUUCAUCACAACAUGGAUAAACUCAGUAGGAUCUACCCUGCCGGCUCCAGAACAGAUUCCUCCAACUAUAACCCAGUUCCCAUGUGGAAUGUUGGGUGUCAGAUAGUGGCGUUGAACUUCCAGACUCCCUCCAAGGAAAUGCACUUAAACCAGGGACGGUUUCGGCCAAAUGGCUUCUGUGGCUACAUCCUCAAACCUGAGUUUCAGAGAAGCCUGUCCUCUCAGUUUGACCCUAACACACUUACCAAAGGGCCGUGGCUGAAGAAGAAGAUCUUUCAUAUCAUGGUGAUCUCGGCUCAGCAGUUACCUAAAGUCAACAGGGACAAACACAAAAACAAAUCCAUUGUGGAUCCUCUAGUGAGGGUGGAGAUCCACGGUGUCCAAGCAGAUAAUGGCAGCAAAGAGACAAACUACAUUGAUAACAAUGGAUUCAACCCCACGUGGAAUGAAGGAUUCCAGUUUCCCAUCAGUGUGCCUGAGCUCGCCUUGGUGCGAUUUGUGGUGGAGGACCAUGACACAGCAUCCCAGAAUGAUUUCAUUGGGCAGUACUGUCUGCCACUCACCAGUGCACAGAACGGAUAUCGCCAUGUCCCACUGCUCACCAAGAGAGGCGACGUCAUCAGCUCGGCCAGUCUGUUCGUGCAUCUCAUGCCCAUUGAUGCCCAGUAGGCAAACGUGUGGAAAAAAUGAACAAAAAGAAGAGAAAAAACAAACAAACUUCUUGACAGGAACAGUGUCUUAUGCAAACACUAAUGGGAUUUGUCCAUUUAAAAAAAAGAAGCUAAAUAAUGUCAGUCUUUUUUUUUUUUUUAACAGCAAAUAUAAUUUGCUUUCACAUGCCACGACUGCUGACUCACAAGUGUCUGACACUUACAGGUCACUGUAUGAUUUUAUUUUUUAUUUUUUUAAAAAAGUCUGGUGGCGGGCUUUUAAAAUGACAAUGAAUGAAUGAAUAAAACGAAUGAGAGAAAAGUUAGCAAACUAUAUUCAGCAUUCUCUGUAGAAUUUAUGUGUUUUGUGUCAAUUCCAGCUUAAGAUUACUGACUAUCUAAUUUUUACAACUGUACUACAAUUUUUCUAGAUUCUCAGAGGUUUUAUGGGACACUCAUGAGACUGGACCACAGUGAUUUAUACUUUGUCCAUGUUGAUGCCAUAAGAACAUUGAUCACAGAUGUCUGUAACAGUCUGCUAUCACAAACAUUUUUUUUUCAUUGAGAGAAACAGCUACAUGUAAAUCUAUGUGCUUCUGUCCUUUCAUUAUGUGCCUUAAAUAUGAGUCUCCAAGUGUUGUACAUAAGAUUUUAUCCUUAAAGUAGAAACAUAAUAUGAGGAGUCAAAUUUACUUCCUAUGUCUCUGUGUUUGAAACAAGUUCUAAUAUUUUGUAUCCUCAUUUAUUUGUAUCAUCCAUUGUUCUACAACAUUUUUACAGUCACACUAGCUCAUGAAUUAAACCACUCCCCGAGUCCCCGA